UUUAGCGGCGGGAGAGCUCUGCGGUGGGCAGUAUAAUUUGUUUGUUAUUGUCAGUCUGAUUCCAUUUCGUACUGUUUCUGCCGUACAACAAUACCAUUUUGUGAAUCAAAAAACUGAAAAAUACAAAUAACUACACUCCUGGUAUGAUACCAUUUUGCCUUAUCUAUCCGCCCGGCCCAUCUCAUGAGGCGGCCCGGAGGAUUGCGUUCCAUCAACGGUACGGUAGGCUUCAUCCUCCUCGAAGGCGGCCUUCUCCUCCACCGUCCCCUCCGAGCCAGUCUCCACUCUCGUGCCAAAGCCUUCCCUCGGCCCUUAUUCCCUCGUCUCCUCUCUCACGCAUUUCCGCAUCAAACUUUCGCUCAUCUUUCCCCCAUUCCCUCCCCCCCUGCUUCCUCUAGGGUUUGCUCUUGUCGGCACCGGUGCUCCUGUUCCAAAACUCUUAGACCGAGAGAAGGAUCCAGAGAUCCCACUGCCAUGUCUUCGGAGGUCGUGAUCCAAGAUCCAGAAUCAUUGGAGAAGAAGAAGGCCGCGAUCCGGAAUGCCGGCACGAGCAAGCUCCAGGUGAUUGCUGAUUUUGAUGGUACGCUUACACGGUAUUGGAUCGAUGGUUGCCGCGGCCAGAGCAGCCAUGGCUUGUUGCAGCAGGGGAACCCGGAAUAUGAUGCCAAGAGGCAAGCAUUGUAUGAAUACUAUCACCCAUUGGAGUACUCACCCACAAUACCCAUUGAGGAGAAAACAAAGCUAAUGGAGGAGUGGUGGGAGAAGACACAUGGUCUUCUUAUUGAGGGGGGUCUUACCUAUGAUGCAAUAGAGAAAUCUGUAGCUGGAGCUAGAAUUGCUUUUAGAGAUGGUGUCACUGAGCUGUUUGAGUUCUUGGAGGAGAAAGGUGUGCCUAUCUUAAUUUUUUCUGCAGGUCUUGCAGACAUUAUAGAAGAGGUCUUCAGACAGAAACUUCAUAGAUCUUUUAAAAACAUCAAGAUCGUUUCUAACAGAAUGGUGUUUGAUGAAAAUGGCCGUCUUAUGGCCUUUAGAGGGAAGACGAUUCAUGUUUUAAACAAAAAUGAGCAUGCCUUGGAUAUGGCUGCCCCUAUUCAUGACAAAUUGGGAGAUCCUAAUGGAGUGGAUAGCGAUAGCAUCUUGUUAAAGAACAGGACCAAUGUACUGUUGCUUGGUGAUCACAUUGGAGAUCUUGGCAUGUCUGAGGGUGUGAACUAUGAAAACCGGAUUUCUGUUGGAUUCCUGAUGGGACUGCCCUAUUUUUUCUGUGGAAUGGGAUGCUCCAUGUGGAUGCCUCAUGUCCAAUACUCGGGGUGGCGGAUAUCUCAUCUUGUCCUGCCCAUUUUCCAACUCAUUUCGUCCUGACACUCUGGAUGGUGGGAUGCUCGCUGUUCCACCAGUAUUUAAAAUCUUCAUGACCUCAAGAAGCUUAACUUGUAUUGGUGAUUGUGAUUUCUUGAUUUGUGCUCUUGAAUCUCCACAAAAAUUUGUUGGUGUGCAAUCUAGUCCAAUCUUGAAAAUAAAACAUGUACUUGCAAAGAAGUCAAGGUUCUAUUGUAUCAAAGAAUAAUUUGAAUUAUAUUUUGGUGAUUCUAUCAAAGAUCACACUUUCUUA